AAUCUCAUUCGCAAGUGAUAAACGGAACUAAACGGACAUAAACGGACUCGGAUAUUGUUUAAAAUGUUAUCGACGAAUCAAUCGCUGACCGCGCGGGAUACCGCCACCGACGGUAAAACUUUAAAUCGUCCAUCAUCGCCGCGUCAAUUUUUUGAACGACUUUAUGGUCAUCUCGAAUGUAGUGAAAAAAACGGUUUAACCGAGAGUGCGUCUCAUAAUCAAGAUAAUGUAUCCGAGCAAGAAAGAACUGAUAAGGUUUUUGAUGAAAAUAGAAAUUCAAGUAUCUGUGAUACAACAUAUCAAAGCGAUGGCGGUAGUAUAUCAUCGCCUGAUAUAUCUAUCAGUGAUGAGAGAAUAUCAAAUUGUGCAGUCUACGAAAAUUUUCCACAACAUGAUUUUAACAAAAAUAAUUUUGCGGGAACGGCGGGUAUGACUGGACUACCUUUUGGUUACACUAAUGAUCCACAUUUUCCAGCAGGAUUUACAGCUUUCUGUAAGUUAUCAUAA